AUGGCAGUGCGGGACGCUGCGCGGCCGGGCGCGGAGGGAUCCGGCCGUGCCUCCGCCCCGUCUGUCUUCGGUGCCAGAUCAGGACUGCCGCAGCGUUAUCCCCACAGGUUUCUGUGCCCUAUCCCCACCGGUAGCCGGGUUCCUGUUUCCACGGGCGGCACCAAUCCAGCCAUGGGUAGUGUGAAUAACUCAGAAGGUCCCUGGCUACAAAGAUUUGCAAAUGGGAAACCUGCGAGAAGACCCAAGCGGCAAAAGCCUUGGAGGGCAGCACCUGAUCAAAGCCGAGACAUCAUUGCUUCUGCUCAGUGCAUCUUGGACAGAGAAAAUUUUGUGAGGGAGGUGGACAGAUAUUUGAAGCACACUGAUUUCCUAGAGCUGAGAAAGACAGAGCUUCUCUACAAAAAAUAUCUUGAGAAUAUUUCAGAGCCAGUUAUGCAGAAAAUUAAGGACCAAAUGGACAGCCAGUCAGAGAAAGAAGUAUGGAAAAGAAGACGAGAACAAUUCUCUCAAUAUUUAAACUACUGUACAAAGAAGGGCUAUGUGUUUUUGGAUGAUUAUGACCCAUCAGAGUAUGAUCCAUUCUUCCAGAAGACCUGCACAGACUGCUGGAAGGUGUCAGCAGGGUGGAAUUCAUCAACGAGCACAAUCACAGAGAGAGCCAAUGAUGUCACCUAUACUCCAGCUGACCACAGCAGCAAGUACAGCCAUCAAAGGUACCCUUUACAAAAUAGGUUACAUGCACUGCCAAAGCAAAUCAACAUCAACUUGGAACACUGCAAGGAACUAAGCACAACCAGGAACUAA